GCAUAUGCACCACACAUGGCCGGUCUGUGGGAAGCCAAUAUAAAAUGCAUAAAAGCCCAUUUACAUCGCGUGUUAGGGAACGCACACUUAGUAUUUGAAGACCUCUAUACAAUUUUAGUUCAAAUUGAGGCCUUACUAAACUCACGUCCCUUAACCCCACUCUCGACUGACCCACGUGACAUGAGACCUUUGACCCCGGGGCACUUUUUGGUAGGACGACCGAUGACUGCUUUGCCCUCGCCUCCGCUUGUCGACGUUAACCAGAACCGUCUCACUCGUUUUGAAAGGCUGGAGCAGUUACGCCAACACUUUUGGGCCAGGUGGCACAAGGAGUACAUUACUGAACUUCAACAACGCACCAAGUGGCGCACGUCUAAGGGUCAACAACUAAAAAAGGGAGCAUUAGUCCUCAUUAAAGAAGAAGGACUCCCGCCGAUGAAGUGGCGACUGGGCCGCAUCACAGAGAUAUAUCCAGGGAGCGACGGAAUCGCCAGGGUCGCGGAUAUCAACACUGCAAGAGGAGUGAUACGCCGUGGCUUCAACCGCAUCUGCCCGUUGCCUACCACUGACAUCGACGAGUUGAAAGUUAACCCUUUCAACGCCGGGGGGCAUGUUCGGGAUUCUUCGGAUGUCCUCCCCACCUCUAAGAGGACAACGGCCAACGCUGCAAGCCCAGAUUGCAUACGACAUUGACGCGCUCGCACGUACUUGCGUCCUUCUUAAAAUUUUGAUUAAAAU